CACACUCCACCCAGUGCUUCCAUGAGGAUUUCUCUACGCCAACCACCACCGCAAACCGUCACGACGAUGUCGUAUAAGUUGACAAUGGGAGCCUCUUGAGUGUUUUCGCCCCCAACAUUUUGUAAUCACGGACACAUGAAGUUUUUGCUGGAAUUCGUUUCUUGCUGCGGCUGCGCAGCGACCACAACCUCUACCGUCGCUACCGAAGACAGCGGCAACGGAAGCGUCUUCGUCGAAUUAGGUCCGUCUGCGAUCUCUCCGAGAUCUGAGGAGACUCUUUCGCUGGUGAAUUCCUCCCGCCGGUACCGGCGGAGGAAGUGCGGGAGGGUGGGGACGUCUGGAUGCGGUGAGUGGAGGCCGUCGUUGAGCUCGAUUAACGAGGAUCACGUCGUGAUGAUUGAAAGGAGAAGAAGAAGCGAGGUUGAACGGACGGUCAAGAGAAAAGGAAGCGUCUCUGGCGGUUCCGGCGAUCGAAGCUUCAGGGACGACAACGGGAGAAAUCCAUUUUCAGUUGUGCCGGCAUUCGUUCCAACACCCUUUAUGUUUUGAUGGAAUUUGGGUUUUGAUUUUUCCUGCUCAUCAAAUCGAUCCUAUGAUGGGCUUUUCUAUGUACAUACAGGCCAGGGAAAAAUAAAAUAAAAUUCUGUAAACUCUGGUAUUCCUGUUGGAAUCAGAUGUAUGUUCCUUGUAUAGAUAAACAAAGUGGAUCAAACUCAAGAGUAUUGUUGCAUUUUACUCUUUUAUUAAUACUGACUUCCACUUUGAUUGUUUCA